CUUGAGAUUGAAUACAUCCAUACAACAAAGUCAAGAUGGCCGCUGAAAUCCACGUUGUGUUGUUCCCAAUGGUAGCGCCCGGCCACAUGAACCCCAUCAUCGACAUCGCCAAACUCCUCGCCCACCGCGGCCUCAUCGUCUCCAUCAUCACCACCCCAGCUAACGCCGCCCGGAUCAGUUCCACCAUCUCACCCGCUCUGCAAAUCCAUCUCAUCCAAAUCCCUUUCCCCGCCGCCCAAGCCGGACUGCCCCACGCCUGCGAGAAUAUGGACUCUCUCCCAUCGCUGGACACGAGCUACAAGUUCUUAAUCGCAUUCGACAUGAUGCAGAACGACGUCGUGCGGGCCUUCGAGCAGCUGCAGCCGCCCCCGAGCUGCCUCAUCUCCGACAUGGGCCUGCCCUGGACGGCCCAGCUCGCCGAGCAGUUCAACAUCCCCAGAAUGGUCUUCCACGGCACCAGCUGCACAUCCCUCCUCGCUUCGCAUCACAAAAAGGUCGUUCGCGCUGAGGCUCCCGACGCCGCAGAAGAUGCAAAAUCAGCCGUGAUGAAGAAAGUGUGGGAACAAGUGAGGGCGGCGGAGAAGACUUCCUACGGCGUAGUAGUGAACAGCUUCGAGGAGUUGGAGGCGGAGAGCGUGAAGGAAUACAGCGAGGCGAAAGGCGGGAGAGUGUGGUGCAUCGGCCCUGUUUCCUUGUGCAAUGUGGAGACCACGGACAUGGCAAAGAGGGGGAACAUCUCGGCCGUUGAUGUGCGCGACUGCAUGCAAUGGCUCGAUCUGCACGAGCCGGGGUCCGUGAUCUAUGCGGCUCUGGGCUCGUUAGCGCGCCCGACGCCUGAGCAGAUGAUGGAGCUGGCACUCGCUCUCGAAGAGACGAAUAGGCCUUUCAUUUGGGGAUUAGGAGGAGCUUCGUCUCCUGCAUUAGAGGGAUUGUUUGUGGAGAGCGGAUUCGCGCAGAGGACUAGAGACAGGGGCUUCCUGAUUCGUGGUUGGGCGCCCCAGCUCGUGAUCCUAUCACACCCUGCGGUUGGGGGAUUCUUGACGCACUGUGGAUGGAACUCGACGCUGGAAGGGAUAACGGCGGGGGUGCCGCUUGCGACAUGGCCAUUUGUGGGGGAUCAGUUUGCAAAUGAGAAAUUGGUGGUGGAAAUACUUGGAAUUGGAGUGAGUGUGGGAAAUAAAGUUCGUGUUAUGUGGGGAGAGGAGGAGAAGGCUGGGGUGUUUGUGGCGAAGGAUGCUAUCAAGAGAGCUUUGGUGGUGUUGAUGGAGGAAGGUGCAGAAAUGAGAACAAGGGCAGGAGAGCUCAGGGACAAGGCCAAAAUUGCAGUUGCACAAGGAGGUUCUUCUUAUGUAGGACUCACUUUGCUUAUUGAAGAAAUUAAGGCUAGAUUUUAAUGUUGUACACCUCUCUUUCAAUUCCAGUUUGUAUUUGCUGAUUUGCAAGGGUAAGAGAAAAUCGAUUGUAACCCAUGAUUAUAUAUGUGUAGUGCGUUUGAUAUA